UCUUGCUCUGCUGUGCUCUGCUCUACUUCGCCUCUAACUAAACUAUACAUAGCCCACCCCUAGUAGUCGUAUAUCGGCAUCCGAGCCUUGUUUUAUCGCAUCCCUGGACUCGACUUUCGGAUGCCUCUUAUCCCCAUAAUACCCUAGUCUAUCCAAAUACAAUAAUCAUUCCCGACCACGAUAAAGACAUGGCGCAUCAACAUAUUCCUCGCCCGCGAUGACCUCUCGGCCCCCUAUGGCCGUCCCUCCGCGACAGCCUCAGAGAACUCUAAGCGGCUCGGGGCUGUCGCAGUCCCCUACCCAUCAGCGAAAUCUCUCGCAACAGUUUCUACCCCAAUCCCCUAUACGAAAAACGGAGGCUUUCAACGACCAGUCUACCGACGUUGGCGAUGUUGCACAGGGGCGCUUUAACACAUUACCUCGGAGAGGAGGAUCGAGGCUCAAACUCGAACUGGCCAACGAUGGUAUCGAACAUCCUGGCUUCAGCGAAUCCCCCCAAAACCUCGAUGCCCUCUCCUCUAACAAGGCGUUCACCCCGUCGCGGAUCAUGUCCAUGAAUGACGCCUCUGAUGCUGGUGAUACCACUCCCCAUACCUCACGAUGCCACACCACCGAUGAUGACACGAUUCCUCUACCUAUGCCCCCUCGCCGCGCCCGAUUCGUCGUGCCUACGAAGCGGCCAGAACCCCUCACUACAAACACAAACCCGCCUCCCAAGAAAGACACUCGUCCUAAACCGUUUGUCCUCGAGACACCGUCGAUCGCCCCUCGGUACUCGGCUAUGGUCAAACCAGAGCCCACUGGUAAACCCACAAAUAAGGGUAUCACACCUCAUGCGUGUACUGACUCAGGCUUAGGAUAUGCCGACUUCUAUCCCUGGAAUGGAGGACAUCCAGAAGAUGGGUUCUCUGAUAGUAUAAUUAGACAUGGAUUCUUUGACAAGGCGCCGGCACAGUCCACGCAAGAGCCUGCAUCGGCAAAAGCUCCAUUGUUCCCCGCACUGAAACAUAAGAGCGGCCUUCAUACGCUAUCUACCAUAUUUACGGGUAUACUGAAUCAAAGGAGACAUAGCGGCCAAAUCACCUCGGCCUCUACCUUCAAACCCCCGCCCCGAGUCACCUUGACUGACACGAAGAGAGAGAUCUGGCUUAAGGACCUUGCGAACCCUGCCAUCUCCCUCAGACGCCUCAGCCGAACCAUACCCCAUGGAAUUCGUGGCAAGGUCUUACUUGACCAGUGUCUAAAUAAAAAUGUACCUACGGACCGUGCAGUCUGGCUCGCGAAAUGCGUCGGCGCAAACGAGAUCCGGGCCUUCAAGAGAAAGGGAGUCAAUGGCACGUUCGUCAUGGGCGGCGAAUCUAAAUGGAUUAAAGAUUGGACCUUGUUUGUCGAACAGUUUGUCGAGACUGUCUCUAACGCAUUUAGCGAGAAGGACUGGAAAACUAAAGUGACCUAUGCCAUUCGCCUUGCUACCCAUCUCUACGCCGAACAUCUUUUAGACCGCGAUCAUUAUAUGGACUGGCUAGUCGCUGGCCUGGAAAACAGCAACCAAGCCAAACUCCCUAUGUGGCUUUUAAUUCUACAAAUAUACUGGAAAGACAUUCUCAGGUUAAGAAGACAUGGGCGGCGACUAGUCAGCGCCAUCCUUGCUCACCAUUCUUCUAUAUACUACCAUCCUGAUCGCGAUUUACUACUACCCCUUGCCACACGCUUACAAUCUCUUGUAGAAUCUCUUCUCCUAACCAGCCCAGAAAACCUGAUUAAUCCCGGGACUUGGUUUCGAUAUCGCGAUUCCCUAGCCGAAAUACCUGGGCCGAGUAAUAGCGAAACGAGAUUAAAUGCGUUCAAGUCGAUAGACUCACGUAACGACUAUUUAACGAGUUCCAAUGCUAAGUCGCAGCCUGCUCUCCGAAGCAUAGUAGUACAGCUGCUUGAUAGCAUGCACCGAACCCCCCUCGACGACACCAUCCCAAAAAAACUAUGGAAAGCUAGCGGGAACAAAUUCUCCAUCGUGAGAACUGUACUUGAAUGGUGUACUUCGUUAUAUCGACCUGGCAUCGCGAAGGUGUAUAUCGCGGCUACGCUCCUACGUUCGCCCUCGGCUGCCGAUGUUAACAUCACUCAAGCCAUCCUAGAUUUCCUCGACGCCGAUCCGCUUAGAGAACUUGCUCGCAAGCAACUUGUAUAUCAUCUCGUGUCCGAACUCACUCGAACCGACCAUUUCUCUGUUCCCCAGUAUAUCCAAUGGCUCAUAGCUAGGGGCGCUGUUUUAGAUCCUGUCGACACGGCUCCCGAUGGACCGUGUGUCACGAGACUUCUUGUUGAGCUUCCCGUUCACUCGCUCAACGAGUCAAUGGGUAACUUACGAGCAACCUUACUAAGAAGGGCAUCUUUUGCGGUUGAUGACGAGGCAAGGGACAUGUCAAUGGCAAUAAGCUGUGUCAAGACUACGCUUUCGAUUCCACUAGGCUCUGAUGACCCUUUAUUGUAUAGGAAACCUAUGAGCCUCAAAAAGCUAUCGAAGCGGAUCGAACUGAGCAGCCGCUGCUUGAAGACGACUGUUUCCUCAUGGCUCAGCAAUGAGUUUAUUGGGCAGCUUGCCCAAAAUUUGCAGCCACGUAAUGGGGGCGUUGAGCUCCCCAAACCUAAGUUCGAGACGGUUCGGACUCUCCUCGAAGCAAGCCAGGACUAUACCAUGCUCGAGAAUGUCAUAAGAGUCAUGACGCGAUACUCCAAUGCCGAACUCCUAGCGUGCUACGCCGAUACUAUUAAUCUCCAUCUACCUGUAUUCGCUGCAAUUGGGGCAGCCAAGUCGCUUUUCCAAACGCUCUACGAACGGCUAAAAGCUCUCUUAGAAGAGCAAGGUGUUGGAGCGCGUCCACUGCUCGCCUCUCUUGCUAAUUUGGCUCCGCGUUUGACCGGUUUGGAGGACGUGGCCACGCAAUUACAAAACGACUUGACUCGAUUAGACCGCAGCAGUGCGGCGGAUGCCUCAUCGCCGUUAUCUGAUAACAUGGCUACGCAGCUUCAAGACGCCGAGACAGAAUUGAGCGAGCAGAUUGAGAAGCUUGCCAGUUACACAAGCGCCGAUAGACCGACAAUGGAACGUUUGUUCUAUGCGAUCAUUAAAAAAUUGCAGGUUUAUUGGGGUAAAGCUGAUGAGCGACAACGCCUCUGCUGUAUCCUUCUCACGAGACUACGCGUAUUUGAUAUCCACCAUUUUGGCGAACUUAUGAGAAGCUGGGUUCAACAUAUUCGCAAGCUGACGAACCGACCCCCUAUUGGCCAGCUUUUCCCACCCCUCGUCAGCUCAGGUUGUCUGUCCCUCGCCAUUCUGUUUGCGACUGCUCCAAGGAGUCAGCUUCAAGCUACCCAAUUCCAGCCGAGCCCUGUUGGCUCUGCUUCUACCUACAUGCAAGAAAUUUUGCAGAUGUUGAUGAUGCCGUAUAGUCCGAGUACAGUAAUGACCUCCGAGGACUGCUACCGCUUUCACAUAGUCCAAGAUCGUGCUCGACGCGAACAUGCCAAAGAGAUCAUGCCCCUAAUCCGCGGGGCUCUGGCAGAGUACUCCGCCUCUCGUAAUCAGCAAGCGUCUAUCGCUCAACCACUCGAUGAUGAGCAGACCGAAGCCCAACUACUCGAACUUUUACGAGGCUUAGUUUUGGUCGACCCUAAUGCGGCGAGCCAGACGCUCUCAUUGAAAGCUCCUGAUCCGAAGUUAGCCGCACUAAUCGAGACUUGGACUACGAAGUUGCUGGUACCUCACGGUGGGGGUGGACAAAAGUCUUUUGAGCAGGUUCUGGAAUUAGCGAACGAGUUCACGUUGCCGUUUUGCCAAGUCAAAUUAUCUCUCAACUUGGCCACCGAUGAUUCGAACGGUCCAGAGGGCUCGGAGAAGCUUCAGUCACAGUUUGAACUGUUAUCCAAAGCAAUUGAUAAUGCCAUUGACGCAAAUAACAUCAUGUGGACGGGCAUGCUUCCCUCGCUGAGUCCUGAUAUCACACAGCACAUGAGAAACCGAGCAGAGUCGCGUUUUCUUGAUAUUAUUCCUUCUGCAAAGAACCCUCCCGAAGACGCUUCUUUCGAUAAGGAUAUACACAUGGCAGAGAAUUUAUUAACCGUCAUUGAUUCCAUAUUCCGCGGAGGAGCAGGCCCAAAGGUCACUCCGCUUUCGAGCGCUCUGGUAGACAAGAUCGGCGAUUUGUGGGAUAUCCUGGCCUCUAGGCAUGGUGCAUACGCUUCAUUAAGGAGCGCCGUACUUUCACACUGGCUCCCUUUGCUCUUCUCCUAUCUAACCCUCUUCACUUCCCCCCCCGCGAGUGCCAUAGACAUGUCGAAGCUUCCUGGCGGCGAAAUUCGUGCCCGGGCUUUGAUAGUUCUCGCUGGCCUGGUUCAGGAACUCGACAAUCAUCCAUCUUCCAGCCUCGGACAACAAGCCUUUGAUAUUGCACUCGCCCUUGCUGAUAGCCUAUCUGACGAGGCGCGCCAAUUAUGCGUGCGUGCGGUAAAGGAUGCCACAGCCGAUCCUCGAAUCAGGUACUUGUUCAGCUUUGCGCCAAACCCAGCAGAGGAUUUCAUGUUGGCACACCGUGAGAGACCUCCACCAGGGCUUCACGAAAGGAGAGCGAUGGCGAUGGGUAUGGGAAUGAGCAUGAUUCCCGAAAAGUUGACACCUUUUGUAUUCAGAAGGUGGGAGAUCCUCAACGAACCCACUCCGAACGUCGGCGAAAACGACACAAGCCUAAGCUUAACAUUAUUCGACUCGAGGAAGAUGAAGUAGCCUAUGUACCUUAUCUGGAGUUCGUACGCUCCCCUGCUCUAAAAUACCGCCUGGCUUAUGCCGAUAUGCGAUAGAAAUCAUAGACACUUAGUGAGCCAUCGAAGCGCUCAGCGAGCAAGCUUUUACGUAAUGGGCAUUUGGCCGCCCCCCUUUUUUUUAUCUACACGGUCGCACAUAAGUUCCGCUAUUCAAGCGAAUGGGUCCCUUGCUAAGGAUCCCGUUACAAGUCAUUU